UGCUGUUGUUGUGGUUCAUGUUGUGGAGUCAUCAACAAAACUGAAACAUUUGUAAAAUGUGUCAUUUAUAGCAUCGACGGGCAUAAUAACAGAGAGAAAUGGUCCCUUCAGAUUUUAAAGCCUUGAUCCAGAGGUUUUAUCACCUUCAGGCUGAACGGUUGGAGACAUAUCGGCUGUUUGAAGAAGGACACGAAGCAUACUUAAGGACAGGACCUCAAUAUGACUUUGACCACUACAAGCAGCUGGUGCAUGAGAUAACCCAGGCUUUUAGCGGCAUCUCAAAGGAAGUACUGGUGAUCAAGGGAAAGUUCCACCAUGACUUUGACCGGCCAGACCUUUCUGAGCACAUCGAAAAGCUGCAGAGCAAAGAGAAGGAGAAGCUGGAACUUACCGCCAAACUGCAGCUGGCCAGACAGUGUGCUCAGGAUCACCCAGAGGACGAGGAGGGUCAGGAAAAGAUUCAAGAACUCAAGCACAAAAUAAUCAAGAACAAAGAAGCUCUGAGUGAGAUCAUGCAGGACUUUAAGUACGACUCCGAGGAGGUUGAUUGACACUUGUGGGCCUCUUGGGAGAGGUAAAGCCAGCGCCCACAGAACAGACCCAGGAUGGACGCUGACUGCUGCAACUUCAGCCUCAGCUGCAUUUAUUGAUCUCCCUUUGGGCUCCACCCUGUUCGCUGCUGCAGUCUCAUCUGCCCCAAGGGCCUUUUACACACAUUUUAUUUGUGAAGUUUGCCUUGGCUUGAGUUUGUUCAAAUGGAUGUUGAAAAUAUAGAAAUGAGAAGGAUCUAUCACACUUUU